GGGCUCGAAAAAUGACAAAGUUUUAAAGCUAAGGAGGAAAAAUGAGGAAUUUAGGAGGAAGUUAGAACGGGAGUGCUCGAGCAGUGAGAAUUUGGUGGACCGAUUGCUGCGGGAGAAUGAGGAGCUCAGACGAAAAGCUAGUGUUACAAGGGACCCAUUGGAGAACGGGAUGAGCAUGUUGAUGAAGGAGAUGCAAGAGCUUCGGGCUGGGAGGGAUAAGGACAAAGAGCUUCUGGUGGGAUUAAAGACAGAGAUUGGAUUAUUACGAAAGGAGAAGGAACAGUCAGCAGAAGAAACUCAUGUGUGGAUGAACGAAGCCUUGAGGCCCGGGAACAAGAGGGGCUGCAUAUCCAUGACGCCGCCGGAGGUCGACAAUCGCACCCGUUGUAGGGUGCGUAUUAUGGAGUCGCCGUCUGGUGCGCUACGAGAUGAGCUGAAGAAGCUGAAAGACAUGGAACAUUGCACGCUACGGGAGGUUGAGGUGCUAAAACAAAGGAGGACAGCUGAAGAACGCAGGCGGAUGGAGGCGGAGGCGGAGAAGUUGGUUGCGGAGGCGGAGGUGGCGAAACUAAGGGAGCAAAUUGAGAAGCUGACAACGGAGGCUGCGGCUGCACCAACAGGAGGUACGAACCUCAAAUCGAGGUUGGAAGCGGCAACCGAGGUCGGGGGCAGCGCGCAGAAGACUGUAAGGAGAGGCAAGCCACGGUCAACACUCGGACGUGUGGGUAGUGAUGACGGGUCAGCGGUGGAUGCCAAUGACAAAUUCUCAUUCCUGCAGAUUGAGAGAAAAAGGCUGCGAGCAUGGAAAAACUCGGGGCUCGAAGCGUUGUGUAAGCAAAAAGGUAUUACUUAUAGGACGGUAGAGAUGACAGCGGAUGAGAUUGCCGAAAUGAGGGUCGAUGCACGCUUCGGCAAGAAGGAUAAGGAAACGGCGAUGAAGGCUACUCGGCUGGGCGAUGAGGGAGGGGGAGGGAUACCUUCGUGCUCAGGUGGUACGGAAGCUAGUACAGAGGUGGAGGACAUUCCCUCAGACUCGGCCUAACUGUUGUCCCGAAUAUGACUGAAUGUUGGAAGCUUGUUCGAGGAAUCAAGGCUUGUUCGAAGA